AUGCCCCCAACACAGCUUCAACAUCAAAAUGGAUUGACAACAGAAAUGCCUUCCCUCCCUCUUUUAUUAGAAUCACAAACCGGUGAAGAUACGGGUAUUUUAUUGGCAAAAAUGAAUGUUCCUCGUACUAAAAAUGCUCUCUCACGAGCGCUUUUUCGCGAGGCUGUCGAUAGGCUUCGUUAUGAUAGAAAUGCUCGUGUUUUAAUUAUCAAAAGUGCCGUUCCUGGAACUUUUUGUACUGGUGCUGAUCUAAAGGAAAGACGACAGAUGACUGAAAUUGAAGUUUUUCAAUUCGUUGACUUUUUGAGAAGAACCUUUAAUGAAAUAUCUGCUUUACCUUUUCCAGUACUUGCAGCGAUUGACGGCUUUGCACUAGGUGGAGGGCUAGAAUUGGCUAUGGCAUGUGAUAUUCGAAUAGCCUCGCCCCAAUCAAAACUUGGGUUGGUAGAGACUAAAUUAGCAAUAAUUCCUGGUGCUGGGGGAACUCAAAGACUCCCAAGAAUUGUUGGAUUGGCUAAAGCAAAAGAAUUAAUCUUUACUGGGAAAAUUAAUCAAUUGGUCGAAAAUCCGGUCGAUAAAGCAUUCGAAAUUGCCCGCCAAAUUUUGAAAACAGGACCUAUAGCGUCAAAAAUGGCCAAAAUAGCAUUAGAUCGAGGAUCAGAAUUAGAAUUAGCUAGUGGAAUGGUAGUUGAACAACAAUGCUAUGCACAAAUUAUGCCUACAAAAGACCGUUUAGAAGCCUUAAAAGCUUUUGCAGAGAAAAGAGAGCCUAAAUAUAAAGGAGAAUAA